CAUCGGCGUUCGUCGCCUUUCCCGAUCCAGUUUUGUGUGAUGUGUUUUCGUGUUUGGUUUUGCGAGUGCUACUGAAAAAGCAUUUCGUGCAUCGCGUAGAAAAAAGUGUUUUUCCCCAGCGAAAUCCAUCGUUUUGGACGGUUUUACGUGCUGCUUCCGCUGUCCGCAUUAGCCGUGCCCCGUCGUCGUUCGCAUCACAAUGGCCGAUCCCCUGAGUUUGCUGCGGCAGUACAACAUCAACAAGAAGGAAAUCAUCGAACGCGAUGGCCAGAUCAUCUUUGGCGAAUUUUCCUGGCCGAAGAACGUGAAGACUAACUAUCUGAAAUAUGGAUCCGGCAAAAAGGGGGCUCCCAAGGAAUACUACACCCUGGAAUGUUUGCUGUAUAUCCUGAAAAAUGUAGCACUCCAGCACUCGGUUUACGUUCGACAGGCUGCUGCGGAAGAUAUUCCUGCCGUAAAUCGUCCGGAUCGUAAGGAACUGCUGCAGUAUCUCAAUGGCGAAACGAAUACCUGUGCCAGUAUCGAUAAAAGCGCUCCGCUUGAGAUUCCGACCCAGAUCAAGAGACCGGCCGAAUCGGAUUCGUUGGAGACGCUCGCCAAGAAGGCCCGCUAUGAAGAUACACAGGUGCAGAAAGUCAAAGAGCAGCUUGCAGCCCGUCUCGAUGUCAAUAAGAAGGAAGCUUCGGUCAACAUUGACAACAUCAAGUCCCUCUCGGAGACGAUGUCCGUGGAAAAGAUUGCCGCUAUCAAAGCGAAACGUUUAGCUAACAAAAAAGUUACGAUCAAACGAACGGAUAACGAUGACACGAUGGGCGUUGGGCCGGAUUUGAGGGCAAUUCUUGACUUUGAUGUCGAUUCCACGAAGGAUAUCAUCAGUAGGGAACGCCAAUGGCGUACUCGAACCACAAUCCUGCAGAGUAAUGGUAAAAUCUUCGCAAAAAAUAUCCUCGCCAUUCUGCAGGGCAUUAAAAAUCGCGAAGAAGGUCGAGGUCGACCCCAAGCUCCGGCCAUAAAAUUACCAGAACCGCCACGUGUAAUUCGUCCCCAGCCUCAACCAGCUCAAUAUAACCGUUACGAUCAGGAACGUUUCAAUCGUCAAAAGGAGGAAACUGAAGGAUUCAAGAUCGAUACCAUGGGUACCUAUCACGGCAUGUCUCUGAAAUCGGUGACGGAGGGCUCCGGAGCGCAGAAGAAAGGUCAGCCACAGAAUAACAACAACAACAAUCCUAUAUCGGCGAAUCUUCCACCCGGCCGGCCCAAGGAUAUGGUUCCGAGUGCCCAGGCUCGCAUGAUAUCCCAAAGCAGUAGCAACAACAAGCGGCAAAGUAAAACACCGAUUAUUAUCAUCCCGGCGGCCACGACCAGUCUGAUCACGAUGUACAACGCCAGAGAUAUCCUGCAGGAUCUGAAGUUUGUCACCUCUGAAGAGAAAAAGUCCAGAGGCUGCGCUCGAGAAAACGAGGUGCUCAUUCAGCGCCAAAAAUCCGCUGGUAUGACAGUGCCCUAUCGCGUUAUCGAUAAUCCGACAAAAUUGACCGCCCAAGAUUGGAACCGCGUUGUCGGAGUGUUUGUGAUGGGCCCAGCCUGGCAGUUCAAGGGUUGGCCUUGGGACGGCAAUCCGGUCGAAAUCUUUUCGAAAGUUGCGGCUUUCCAUUUGCGAUACGAUGAGAUGAAGUUGGACGCUAACGUCGCCCGCUGGGCCGUAACGGUGUUGAACGUGUCGCGCACCAAGCGGCAUCUGGACAAGGCUUCCAUUAUGGUGUUCUGGGAGAAGCUGGACUUGUACAUGACCAAGUACAAGCCGGAUUUGCGCUUUUAAGAUCAGUCGAUUCGCUGGCACCUAUAACGUAGAGCAAACUGAUUUGCGGAAAGUUUUUCAUUUAAUUGUAAUUCGCUAGUUUAAUCAAUAGUUAUACAAAAGGAAAGGAUUAAACAUGAUUUUUUUUUCUGCUAAAUACACAGAUAGAUAUGAAAGCAGCAGUCUCAACAUCCGCAGGUUUGCAAAUAAUAGCUGCGGCACACCCACAUUAGAGUUUUAGAUUGAUUUCUUACGCUGUGAGAAAUAGUAAGGAGAAUCGACAAGGCAUGUAACGCUGUCAUCUAGAAUAAGUUACUUCAAAUAGAAUCAAUAAAAAUACUUCUAACAUUUAUA